AUGGAUCCUGAAGAUGAGGCCCCCCCGCCGUAUUCCGCCGUCGACCCUUUAGCCUCGCAGACAAACAACAACCGGAAUUUACUUCGUUUGCGCGGCGGCAAUAAUGCCCUGAAUGAUACCGUCUCAAGCGAUGGCUCCAGCUCGGGCCUAGAAGUCGCCAUCACCUCUCCUCUCCCGCCCGCCAACUUCACCUCUGCGGCCGCUUACUUCGCCGAGCGCCCGCCGCCCGUCUUUGACGAGGAAUGUCCCAUUCGCGAACACCAACUCACCAUCUACCCCCGGAGCCAAUCCAAGGACUUCCCCCGACGCCCACGAUGCUGGGGCCCGCGGACGAAUCAUAUCACCCAGCAGGACUGGGACACCUUUCUACGAUAUCUGUUUCCCCCGCACUUGGGACUGGCCUCGACCUCCGCCCAACUUUCCCGGCAGAUCAGGGCGCAGAUCCAGCGAGACCGCAAGGAUCGACCACAGGAGACCGACGAGCAGCGCCGGGUGCGCAUUUCGGCCGUCAUCACGGAAUGGAAUCGAUACUUUUUUGAGCCCCGCGCCGUCUGCAUCGUCUUUGUCUACGUGACUAAUCAACGAAAUGCGCCCCUCUCGCCUCUCUGCCCAAAAUGCUAUCCUUCCGCGACAAAGGUAUCGCAGGACAAUCGCGCCGCCGCGACACAAAGCGCCGGUCGAGGGCGCCUCGUACGCCCUGGCUUACCGCCAGUACCAGGCCAACCCAUCCCCCAAGCCAACACAGCAUAUCCUCCGGCGCCUUAUGCAUACCCGACCACACCCGUGUCUCCCGCCCCGUUUGCGCCGUACGGGGCAACCCCGUAUCCUAAUCCCGCCGCUCCGCAUUACCCUUACUACCACCCGCAGCCAUCACCUUACCAACAACCGUGGGGUUGGAACGCCCAACCAUGGCCUCCCCAACACCAAAAUUCCAGCCCCUCCAGUAAGGGUGGGCCCCUCGGCUGGAUUGCGUCACUCGCCUCGCAAGCGCAGAAAUACGGUGAACGCAUCUCCGAGCAAGCCGAGCAUUACGGUCGACAGGUAGAGGAACAAGCGCUGGCACACGGCCGGUGGAUUGAGGAACAAGCGGGAUUGCAAGGCCGCAAGGUGGAGGACAUGUUUGGCGGGUUUUCGAGACCGCGGGAUGAGUGGCCGGCCACUCAAGCGUAUUAUCCCAACGGCCCGUAUCCGUACGGUUAUCCACCUGCAGUCCUACCUCCAGCCGAACCUCCCACUCCAGUCACCCCGUUAUCCCUACCAAACCAACAAUCACCGCAACAGCAACCGCAACCACAGCCACAGCGGCCGCGUCGGGCAUCCACAGCAUCGAUCUCGUCGGACUCGUCGUUCAGCUCGAUCGAUUCACUGUCAACCACGUCCGAACUGAGUUCAUCAGAUCUGGCCACCGUGCGAGCACAGCUACUUUCCCUGGACGAGCACCACGACCGUGAACUGCACGACGCCGCCGUGGGUCUGCGUCGCCAGCUGGAUGAACUGCGGGAGUCACGGCGGCAGACCCGCCUCAAUGGACGCUCCCAUCACUGGGGCAGCGGACGCACGGGCUGGGGUCGCUGGGAGUCGCCGCAACAGCAAGAACGCAGCCGCGAAGAGCGUCGUGCGAUCAAGGAAGAGACGCGGGCGACGCGCAAAGUCUUCCGGGAAGUACUCCGACGAGCGCGGGAGGAGCAGCGCGAACGCCGACGCAAGGACCGUAGUGGUCUUAAGCGAGAGACAGCGCGGAAGGAAGACGAAGCGGAAGACGGAUCUGUACCACUGGACCAGCGGCUGCAGAACCUGGAGCUGACGGGGAACCGCGAAAGUCGAUCGACGGUGCAGUCCUUCCCGUCGCCGACGCGGUCGGUGUCGGAAGUCAGCACGGUCAGUAGUCCGAUCAGCACGCCGAGCACGGUGUCACUGCAGAGCACUCGCAACGUGACGGCCGGGAAGCCGGGUAGCAGCAGGACUGAAGCGAGCGAGAAGAAGUCGGAGGGGACGGGGAACCGCCUGGGCCUCAUUCUUCUCAACCAGAUCACCCACCCCCAGCCCCCGCCCCACCUUGACCUUGACCGUCUUCUCCUGCUCCGCCGCGCCCGUCUCCUUCUUACCCAGCGACCCAACCUCAUCGCCCUCAUCGGCCUCCUUCCCGUCGGCCUCGGCGCGCAGCCGGUCCUGCCGCUCAAUCUCGGCCCAGUUCAUCCACAUAUCCGUCAGGUCGAGGCGCAUGGGCCGAGACAUAGCUGGCGCGGUGGGACUCGGCCAUGGCGCGUUCUACCCAUUCAUCACCUGUUAGCAUGGUCUUCCACCGCCCCCAACCAACCUUUUUACCCGCCGCAGGCGGGGGCGGGGGCGCAGUCAAAUGAAGGGGGAAAAAAAGAAAGAGAAGGAAGGAAAAAAACGUACGAGACAUCCGCAUCAGCCGCUCCGCAAUUCCCAGUCUACGAUGCGUGCGCAUCACGCUCAAACUCGUGA